AGUUCCACUGCCUUUAGGUUCCUAUUACGUGUGCGGUGUGCCACUCUUGUUAUAGCUUUAACGCGAUGGUCGCUCAACGUGAACGACAUUGUGCGUUCGUAUCUCUCAUUUAAGAAAGAUAAUAAUCAUUUGAUGUGUAUACACGUAUCUAAUUUCAUUAUAACGACUGUAAUAUUGUGUAACACAUUUAGAUUACGGCACGCAACGAUGAAAAUAAUAGACUCUUCAAACCAAAUCUAUUAAUUAUUAUCUUUAACAGUAUAUGGAAGCUUGAGAUAUUUAAAUUAUAUUUACCAAGUUAACAACUCAAAUAUAAGUCAACAUGUAAUUUACUUGGAAUAGCAUCUGAGUAUUUGUUUUGAUAAGAUCCCACAUGUUAACAAUUUAUGGGAAUCUCAAUAUACGAAGAAUUAAAAACUUUGUUUUUUGUCAGCAAAGAGUUAUAAACUUUUAAAAUUGUAUUUAAAAUAUGUUUUAACAAUAGUGUCCAAAAUAUUUAACCUUUAAGAAUGUUAAAACGUGAUAUAGUGUCAAUCUAAAUUAUGAAAUACAUAGUUUAUAGUUGUUUUAUUAAAUACACAAUAGAUAACAUGCAUUUCACCUACCAUAAUAUUUUUCACUAUAAAUAACUCCUUUUUGUAGCCUCACUUCGCUCAUUCCAAACAAUCAGUUCAUUUUCAUUGUGUGCAAGCUUUCAGUUUUGUUUUUUCACCUUCCUAAACUCUUCUCAAAGUUGCAAACCUUUAUCGAAGCAAAUAAUUUUAAAAAGAAGAAUCAACCUCCCUAAGAAUGAAGAUGAAGUUGGUUGUCCUUCAAUUCUUCAUUAUCUCUCUUCUCCUCUCAUCUUCUUUGUUUACGCUUUCAAACGCAGAUUCAUCACCAUGCAAUGGAAAAUGCAAUGCGAGAUGUUCAAAGGCCGGAAGACAAGAUCGGUGUCUCAAGUAUUGCAAUAUAUGUUGCGAGAAGUGUGAUGAUCAUUGUGUUCCUUCAGGCACUUAUGGAAACAAAGAUGAGUGUCCUUGUUACCGCGAUAUGAAGAACUCCAAAGGCGAACCUAAAUGUCCUUGAACAUGUCUUGAAGAUCAUCCUCUCAUAGACAUCAUAUCUUUAUACACACAAAUAUUUACAAUUGUUGUUGACACAUGAAAUAAUGAGUUUCAUAUAUUCCUAUGUAUGAAAAAUGUGAAAGCUCCUGACAAUAAACGAAAUAAUUAUAAUUAGUUAUAUACUAAAGGUGAAGUUUGUGUACAUAUAUAUGUAUGAAGUAUACAUAUAUAGUAGGUUAAUGAAAACAAUAUAUUGUAUCAAAAGUUUAUUACCGUGACAAGUUCAAAUUAAGGUGAUAAUUGUUUUGCUAGUUUUUAGAUUUUGGUUUUAGGUUUUGGCCUUUAGUUUUUGCUUUUUCUAUUUUAGUUUUUAGUUUUUGGUUUUUGUAUUUGUAGUGGAUUUUAGUUUUUUGAAAAAACAUGAAUAGUUGUUUUAGAUUUUAGUUUUUGGUUUUUAUUUAUUUCAAUUAAUAAAAUGAAAAUAUUAAUAAUAGUAACAUGUUUAUUCUGAAAAAAAUAUAAAAAAUAGAUGACAAAAAAAGAAAUGCUAUUGUCAACAAUUAACAUGUGUUGAUUAGUUAAAAAAAACUUACGUAAGUUGGAUCAUGAAUUUUUUUAUUUGUAUUAAAAAUAGUUGUAAAUUUUUGUAAACAACAAAACUAAAAAUAUUGUAUUUUGGUUUUUCUUUUAGUUUUUUUUUUGAAAUUUUAAAUUUUGUUUUCUAGAUUUUUAUUUUUCUAAAAUUUGAUUAAUGUUUUCUUUUAUUUUUCUGUUAUUUUUUAAAAAAUUUAACUUAUAAAUUUAUUUUUUAAAACAAACUUAAAUUACUAAAGGAUUAUAUCACAAAUUUUCAAUAAAUAAUACCAAUAGAUUAUUAACAAAACAUAUAAACUUUACAUAAAAGUAAAAUUUAAAUAAUUAAUUUUAUUUUAUUGACAAGUUUUAGAAAUGUUCUUAUUAGAAAUUUAUUUUUGUAUUAUAUAUACUAAACCAAUGCUUUUUACUGAAUCUUAUUUGCUUAUAGUAGUUACUGUUUUAUUUGUUUUCCUGUGUUAGUGCAUAAAUAUUGCAAAAAAUUAAUUAAAAAGGAAACAAUUGAGAAACUGCCGUUAGAUUUUGAAAAAAAUCAUAAAAACUUGGAUUUUAGUUUUUUUAUAGAAAAGACAGUUAUUUGAAAAAAAAAACUAGUUUCUGUAAUCUGAAUCUAUUUCUUUAAAAGUUUGAUCGUCUAGAAAUGGUUUUUUAAAAAAAAGGCUAAAAACUAAUUCAAAAACUGCAAACAUUAAUUAAAGGUAUUCACGAACCAUCGAAACAGGAUGGUGGAGAAGUUUGCUUUACUAUGGUCUUGAUUGCUUUAUCAAUCACAACAAACCUCAGCUAGAUGAUGGUAAAAAUAACAAAAAGACACAAGUCUCAUGAAGUGAAGAUAAAAUGUCUUAGAUAGAUAAUUGGCUCAAGAGAAGCAAGUUUUUCAUUGAAAAUUACUGUCUACUUUGUAUGUCUUCAGUAACUUUCGAGCAAAAACCGAAAACAAACAAAAUCAUCUAAGA